CUCCAUCACUAUUAAGCCAGUGGAGUUUCGAGCAAUUGUGCAUACACACUAUGGCUAGAGGUGGGAAAAAGGCAGCAUCCACAACAAAUGGAGAACCAAACCCAGAUAUGGAGGAGAAAAAGAGGUUAAAAAAACUAGCAAUUUCUAAGCAAAUGCUCUCAGAGAAUCCAUCAAGAGUUAAUAAUAAUAAUCCACUGAGUCCAUCAAAAACUGUGAUUAAACACCAUGGCAAAGAUAUUCUGCGCAAAUCACAGCGCAAGAACCGUUUUCUCUUCUCUUUUCCGGGUUUACUUGCCCCGAUUUCGGGUGGUAAAAUUGGGGAGCUUAAAGACCUUGGUACUAAAAACCCUAUUCUCUACCUUGACUUCCCUCAGGGUCAAAUGAAGUUGUUUGGGACAAUUGUAUAUCCAAAGAAUGGUUAUCUGACUAUGCAGUUCUCCAGAGGUGGGAAGAAUGUAGUGUGCGAAGAUUACCUUGACAAUAUGAUUGUGUUUUCUGAUGCAUGGUGGAUAGGGAGGAAGGAUGAGAAUCCUGAAGAAGCACGGCUCGAGUUUCCAAUGGAGCUAAAUGUGCAGCAAGAGAAAUUGGAGUGUGAUUUCAAAGGUGGUGCAGGUGCUGCAUGCGUUCAAAAACGAAGUAUUAGCGAAUGUGGGGUCAAGCAUAUGGAGCAAGAGUCUCCUGAACAUGAACAGGAGGAGAAUUUUUCAGAAAGUCAAAAUGAUUCAAAAGAAGUUAUAGAAUUAACUCCAAGUCGUCGUUCAGCAAGGGCAGCAGGAAAAAAAUUCAAUUUUGCAGAACCUUCUUCCGGGGAUGAUUUGGUUGACAAUGAAGCCGAAACUUCCGAGGAAGAAGAGAAAAGUGGCAGUGACAUUCUUUGUGAUGAUACUGUAGUAGAAGGUCAAGUUGCUGAAAAAAUCACUGCCGCUGCUGAAUCUGCUUCCAAGUCUAAGAAAUCCUUCCGCACUAAGAAAAGUUCUCUUGUUCAGGCUACUAUUUCCACAAUGUUUAAGAAAGUGGACAAGCUUGCCACUCCAGAUAGAGUUUCUCAAAGGAAAACAAGAAAAUCAACAAAAAAAGAGGCAUCCAACACAGAAUGUGGUUCGACCAUGUCUGAUCAUGUUGGUACUUCUCAGGGUGAAGAUGAUAUUGAAGAGUUCUCAAGUUCAUCUAAGUGAAGUCCUCGACUCUCACAUUUUGGGUUAUUCUUCAACUCUUAAAUACGUACAGGAUGCAGAAGCUAGCGAUGAAGAUUGGGCUGCUUGAGUUAUUGUACUUUAUAUUUUAAUCCAUAGAUUAUGACGACUAUUCUCAAUGGAUCUGUAAAUUACUCUUGCGGAUGAAUGUAAAGGGGGACGCCACGAGUGAACAUCGCAUGGGCAGGCCACGUCGGGGAUCUAGCUAUAGACAGUUCCUCCUAAAAGACUCAAAGAUUGCAUUUGGAGGGAGGAUGAUCACAUGAAGAAGGCCAUACUUAGUUAUGGAAGAAUAAGUAUAAAGCCAUGAGAAUGUGAAAUGUGAUCGGCAGGCUGUAGUUGUUAGUUUGUUCAGAUUUCUCAUUUCCUCCUAUGAAUUCCAAUUUCCCUUAGCCUUUUGGUGUUGAAUCGUUUGCUUUGCAGUUCAAAUUCCAGUUAUGGCGUUAUCAAUUAUUAUACACUACCAGUGAGUUGAGAUUUUUGUUAUAACAAACCUUGCUGUUGAUGUCAUGAAUAUAAAGGCAAACAGAAGCGUUGGUGGCGUUAUCAAUUAUUAUA